AUGCCGCUUCCGACGAUGCAGGGAAACUCCGCGUUGUGUGGUGAAUUCCGACGUGCAGUUUGGGCAGCGGAAGCCGAAAGCGCCGACCAGGUGCUGCAGGUGGACCGUAGGGUUGCGGUCGUGUGUGCGUUUGUGGAUCGUCCAUCCGGUCUUCGUGGUGAACGUUCGCGGGCAGUGGGGGCAUUGAUGAAGACGGGGCCUUGGUUCAGUCGAGCUGGAAUUUUCGUCUGCUGGGGCAGGCGAGUUGGUCGUGGUUUGUAUAGGAGAACCAGCAAGACUGCCGUCCAAGUGGAUUUGGACGGGAGUCGAAGGAGAACAGGAUUGCUCCUGUGCCUCGGGCCGUUCAUAGGCUCCUAUCCGCGGCUGUUGGGACAUGUUAACAAGGGGGGUGGGAACAAACAGUUAAAAAUAGAUACAUAA